AAAAUUGUUUUAGGUUAGCGAAUAAACAAAAGACCUUUUAAAUAUUUUUGCAUUAUCACACAAUCAUAGCCGGGCGGCUGAGACGAUCAUGAGCACAGUGCGUGUUUAACAAAAAUAGAUUUUUGUACAUUUUUAUGUAUCGUGACGUGUUAUCAGGGCUAACGUAGUUUAAACAAUUGUUGCCGAAUUAAGCAUUACAGUAUUCUUUCGAAAAAACUGUGUUGUGACAGAAAAACACUGUAAUGUUUAAAUCUUUGUUGAGCUCUGUAAUCAGUCAGGCCAGCUGUCAAGAGUUACGUCAACUGGUGAUGGCCAACCGUUCAGUUCAGUAGGAUUCUUCACAACAAAAUGUCAACUCGACGGGGGGCUGGUUAUCUUAAACGGGCGGACACAGAUCGCCUCCAUGAGAUAUUCCUGAAAUACGCCACCGUCGAGAAAAACGGUGAAAGGCACAUCACCAGUGAAGACUUUGUACGGAAGUUUUUAGGACUAUUCGAAGAAGAUGACUACAAUGCGGAAUCAGUCAAGCUCAUCGCGGGCAUCGUGGACAUGGACAAAGACGGGUACAUCUCGUUCUCGGAGUUCCAGGCGUUUGAGGGGCUGCUGUGCGUUCCCGAUGCGCUGUACAAGACCGCCUUCCAGCUGUUCGAUACUAACGGCAAUGGACUUGUUGCUUUUGACGAAUUCGCGGAAGUCAUGCGCAAAACGGCCCUCCACCAGAAACUGCCUUUCAACAUGGAAAGCACGUUCGUCCGUCUAUACUUCGGCAAGGACAAGAAGCGGCUGGUAACCUACCCGGAGUUCAGCCAGUUUCUCCAUGACUUCCACGAGGAGUAUGGAGUGGAGGCCUUCAAGAAAUGCGACAAAGAUGGCUCAGGGUUCAUCAGCGCGGGAGAUUUUAGGGACAUCAUGCUGAGUGUGAAGAAACAUUUGCUGACUAAGGAUUUGAGUACUAAAGUUAUUAAUGCCUCCGGCUUCCCUCAAGGCGAGAGAAAAAUCAGUUUCCCCUAUUACAUGGCAUUCAAUUCUCUUCUAAACAACAUGGAACUGAUCAAACGUGUCUACUUAAACGCGACAAACGGCACUCGAACCCAGGAAGUGACGAAGGAAGAGUUCUUACAUUCUGCGCAGAUGAUGUCUCAGAUCACGCCUUUGGAAGUCGAUAUCUUGUUCACGCUUUGUGAUAUGAUACAUCAUACUAAUGGCCGAAUCGUAUACAAUGAUCUCAACUCUAUAACUCCUGAGCAAUAUUUCAAGCAAGUGACCCGCCGAGUAGCCGAAAUCAAAGCCGUCUCCAGUCCAGAGGAGCGAGGCGUUCUCAUACAGAUCCUGGAAAGCACUUACAGAUUCACGCUAGGUUCCAUUGCUGGUGCCGUGGGAGCAUCAGCAGUAUACCCCAUAGAUUUAGUAAAAACCCGCAUGCAGAACCAACGCACCGGCUCCUUCAUCGGCGAGGUGGCCUACAGGAACUCCUGGGAUUGCUUCAAGAAGGUCAUCCGCCAUGAAGGAGUGUUCGGCCUGUAUAGAGGACUGGUGCCGCAGCUCAUUGGAGUGGCUCCGGAGAAGGCUAUUAAAUUGACUGUAAACGACUUCGUUCGUGACAAAUUCACAGACAAAAAGGGCAAUAUAUCGAUGUAUGCUGAAAUUCUCGCUGGAGGUUGUGCCGGUGGUUCUCAAGUAGUAUUCACAAACCCAUUAGAAAUAGUGAAGAUUCGCCUACAAGUAGCGGGCGAGAUUGCGGGCGGGACUAAAGUCCGGGCCUGGUCCGUGGUGAAGGACCUAGGCCUGUUUGGCCUGUACAAGGGGGCGAAGGCCUGCCUGUUGAGAGAUGUGCCUUUCAGCGCUAUUUAUUUCCCUGCUUAUGCUCAUGUUAAGGCUAAGUUCGCGGACGAGAACGGCUACAACCAUCCUCUAACGCUGCUAGCUGCGGGUGCUAUAGCUGGUAUCCCCGCCGCCUCGCUCGUCACACCCGCCGAUGUUAUUAAGACGCGGUUACAGGUGGUAGCCCGCUCAGGUCAGACCACCUACAACGGUGUACUAGACGCGGCUCGUAAGAUCUACGCGGAGGAGGGCGCCCGCGCGUUCUGGAAGGGCGCCGUCGCGCGCGUGUUCCGCUCGUCGCCGCAGUUCGGCGUCACGCUCGUCACGUACGAGAUACUGCAGAGACUGUUCUACGUCGACUUUGGAGGAUCUCGACCAUCCGGCUCAGAGCUCCACGUGGCCACUCCAAUCGAAGAAACAGUGAAGAAGCCACAACACAUCGGCGGCUACCAGGUGGCGCUGCCGGUGCUGACGGGGCUGGAGACCAAGUUCGGCAUCUCCCUGCCGCGCUGGUCGGCCGCCAAGCCGCCGCCUGCACCCGCUCAGUAGGGAGAUAGGAGCAAGUUAAUAAAGGUGCCAGAUUUUGUCAACUGUGGGAAUUUCAGGGAGAUGUGAGAUUUUUUCGUAAAAAUGUCGAUUUCAUUACGUAGUAUAAAACAAAGUCCUUUAACAUACAGUAAAUAGUGGCGAAACACUGUUACCUAAAUAUGUGUGGCAGAAAAGCGGCGUGAAAAUUGGUUAUAUUGGUAAUAAUUACAAUUGGUUUGAACACUCAUACGCAAAUAUACGUAAUAAUCAUUGCAUUUCGAAUGUAAUUUACUCAUCCCCUUAAAUCCCACAGUUGAUUAAAUCAGCAUCCUGUAAUGGCGAGUAAGAUACAUAAUUUUGUAUUUUGAUGACAAAAAAAUUCAGCAGUAAAUAUAUUAUACGAACAGUUUUGACUAAAAGCUGAAAUACAUAAGAUAUGAUGAGAUUACCAUUAAUCUUAGGCUGGAGAAUUAGUUACUUAAAAAAUAUGUAUAUUUACUGCUGUUUUUCUGUCUACAGCACGGUGUCUACUAAGGGAAGUAAGCUUGUAACGAUAUUUGAAAUUAAGACAUUACAAGUGAGAUUAAGGAAUAUUUAAAUAAAUAAAUACACUAAAUUUUAUAACACACUAAAAUGUAUCAGUUUACUUUAGUGUCAUUUUUUCUGAAACUAUUGGGCCACUUUAUUGUUAUAUUGAAGCGAACCCAGGAAGCGUGAGUUUUUACGCAAUUGACAGUACAUUUUUAAAUAAAAAUAAUUUAAUUUGUACUGCUAAAUAACAACACAGUUGGUGCGCUGUAUAUCUUUCUAGGUGAAAAUAAAUAACCUUAAUUAAUGAUAACCAAAGAUAUAUUUUUUCAGAGCAAAUGCUAAAAAAAAUCAGGAGCAGGAGGUAAGCAAAUGCAGAUUCGUUCGAGAUAGGGGUAAAAACUCAUGUUUCCUGGUAUUCCAAUUCUCAACAUUUAAUAAAGGAAAAGUAUUCUUUUAAAAAGAAUGAGCUUACAAUGGGUUGUGUUGGUGUGCUAAGGAGCCCUGAUACACGUCACGAUUUAGAUAAUUAUGAAAAUUGCUAAUAUUCUGCCUACUUUUCAAUAUCCAAGCAAGUUCCUUAAUUAAACGGUUUGCUUGCUAUUAUAACUGCAGUACUUGCAAAUUAACACUGUAUGAAAAACCUUAUUAACUGAUAGUAAUAUUUUUUUAAGGGUACCCCCCAAAAGCUAGAGAUUGUUGAAAUAAUUGAACUAUUAAGUUUUUAUAAUUCAUUUAAGAGAUUAUUUUGAUUCAAUUUUAGCCCCCCAAAGAGGGGUGCACACUGUUGCAUUUUUUACCCUUAAUAUUUUAUUGGGAAGAGACAACAAACAGUUACAUUGUAAAUAGUGAACACAGGCAUUAUAAACUAAAAUAGAUGUAACAAUGCAACCCACAACGUUAUCUAAUAGGUAGAGCAAUUGGUAUAAGGCUUUUCAUACAAUGUUUUUGUAGUAUAUAAUUUUGUAGGCCAUUGAUAUACAUAAAGACAUUAUGUCUUCUCGCACCUAAUAGCAUUUUAAAUAAAUAACGCCUCACAAAAACAGGCAUUUUUUAUAUAUUUGUUUUCUAGCAUUCGAUAUGUUACAGAUAGCAAAUAUUAGAUUUAUUCGUAUUUAAGAAUCAAGAUUUCAUAUAUUUUUUUUAGACUUUUGCUUUUAGUGACUAAUGUCUAAUUUAUUUAUUUUCCAAAUACUUGUGCAUUUUAUUUUUUAUUUUGUACACUGCCAUGUUAUAAUGCUUCGUAUUAAGCAGUAAGCACUAUAUUUUAUGAAUACCUAUUCAAUAUUUGCAUUUAGAAUAAAAAAUAAAUAUUUUUGAACAGAUCUUGUAAUAUUUAGCAUUUUUGUAUUUAUUUACAUUUAACUACUAACAUUUAUAAACUUGAUAAUUGUAACAUAUCAGAAUGCCAUUAGUUUUAAGCGAAAAUCGAAAUCAAAGCGAAGUUUUUAUUGUUAUUUUAUAUUUGUUUUAAACAAAUUGUCAAUCAAUUUCAUUUGAUUUAUUGCUAAGAUUGUGUUUUAGAGAUUUUAUGGCGUAACCCAACUUUAUAUUGUAAAUCAUUUUUAAUUUUGAAUCGGCUUAGACUUUACGAAUUGUCCAUAUCUCAUAGAGCUUUUAAAUAUGUAAACACAUGCCUUUAAAAUAUAUAUUUUUUAUAAAUAAGUUAUUUAGAAGCCUUCCUUACACUCGAUUAUUUUUACAGCUGUUUAAAUAUUUAAAAGCGUAACUACUUAUAGGAUAAAAAACUCUAGAUAGGAUGUCCCCAAGAGACGUGUUAACAGUUCAAAUACAUGAUUAAAAGUAAUAUCAACGAGUAAUUUAAAAUGUACAGAGAUGCAUAAAGGACAAAUCGUUAAAACUUAUCAAUUUUAAUACUGAGAUUAUUUAGAAUAGAAAACUGGCUUGUUCGGACAAAACUUGGAAAAAUAAGUUUUGCAUGAACAAGUCGAAUAAUUGAGAUAUUCUAAAUUAUAUUCUCGAUAGCUUGGGCACGUCUUCUCAUGUCUUCACCUAGCAAUAAAGCUGUGUAUACGCUUAACAUAAGUUAGUGAUGCCGUUUGGUUCCUAAAACUAUAUCGAAAUGUUUAAUUUUAAGCAAGAAAUACGAAGAUCACAAUUUUUUCAAUAAUAUUGGGUGAAAAUUGUCAUUUUUGAUUCGACUUUAUGCCAAAUGCAGGCUUGCACAACAAAUGCAAUUAGUUAAAACAAAAUUGUAUAAUUCAUAUUAAAGGGCCCACCUCGACGAUCAAUUGAGUAUAUUGCUUCAAUUUUGCGCAAUUCUUAAUACAUUAUAAUAUUGCGCAAGUUAAUUGAUCGACUUUGUGGUCCCUAAGACAUGUUUCAGUCUCAUUUGACAUUUUAACGCUACUUGAGACAGAACUGCGUUUAGUAAAGAGCAGUCGAUAAGUAUUUCUUGCUUUAAAAUUGAAUAAAGUAUCGGGCGGCCCAAUUUCUGAUGCACAAUUUUGUUAAUUUGAGCGUAACGUAUCGAUAAGUUAAUGUUGUAUGACAACAUUGUAUAAAGUGAAUCAUAGUGUAACGACAGGUGAUAGAAAGCCGAUGUGACUAUAUUUAUUGAUAUUGUACAUUUGUGUUAAAAAUAAAUCGAAUAAAACCUGA